AGCACAUAAAUUCCCUUGGCAAAGACACAUCACCUCAGAGCAGCUGCUGCAGCCCCAGCCAUGGCCUUCAACGGCACUUGGAAAAUAGACCGAAAUGAAAACUAUGAGAAGUUCAUGGAGGCGCUGGGUGUUAACGUGAUGAAGAGAAAGCUGGGAGCCCAUGACAAUCUGAAGAUCACUAUCCAGCAAGAUGGGAACAAAUUUACAGUCAAAGAAGCCAGUAACUUCCGUACCAUAGAGCUGGAAUUCACCCUGGGAGCCAAUUUUGACUACAGCCUGGCUGAUGGGACCGAAAUGAACGGAAAUUGGAACCUGGAAGGAAAUAAACUUGUGGGCACAUUUACCAGAAAAGACAAUGGAAAAGUACUCAAAGCAUACAGAGAAAUUGUAGGUGAUGAACUUGUUCAGACCUAUAUAUAUGAAGGAGUUGAAUCCAAGAGAAUCUUCAAAAGGGGCUGAGCACUUCACCCAGAAGAGCACCAGAAUGAAGGAGCAAUGAAAGAAGACCAUUUUCUACACACCCUCUGCUGGGUUUUUUUCUAUUUUAUCCCCUUGCAGCAUCUCCUAAGCUGCAAUUACCUAGCCCUGGUGAAAAUGCAGGCUAGUUCCUUAUGUUACUGUUUUGCCUUGAACAAAAAAAAAAAAAAUCCAAUUAUCAUAUGCUAAAAUGUCUUUCCCAACUCCUAUCUGAGUGCCAUAAGAUAAAGGGCUGCAGAAACUAUUUUGCAUAAGCAAAACUUAAAUAUCUUUGCAUAGGUUAUCAAAUGGCAAGUUAGUUUCCUUACUAACCUUCCUUAGUAUUUAUACUGAGAAACAGUUUCUCUGUGUAUUGGAUGUUGUGUGAUAAGGAUGGCAAAACCUAAAAUAAACCUGACAACACCCAAGG